AAGGUGAAGGUCCGCUCAUCUCCGCUAGCAUUCGCUGUCAAUGGCUUUCAGGACUUAUUUUAUUUGAAUGUCUGGGCUUUUAACACUUUCGUCCAAAGAAACCAAUAAUGGAUAUUCUAUGGAUUUUAUGGAUAAUACCCACCGCUAUAGCUGUAGAAGAGACACUGAUGGACUCCACCACAGCGACAGCUGAGUUGGGCUGGGCAGUGUAUCCCGUGUCAGGGUCCAAUGACAACAGCGUGAGUUGGGAGGAGGUAAGUGGAUACGAUGAGAACAUGAACACCAUCCGCACCUACCAGGUGUGCAACGUGUUCGACAACAACCAGAACAACUGGGUCCGCACCAAGUACAUCCGGCGCCGGGGUGCACAGCGGAUCCACGUGGAGAUGAAGUUCUCCGUGCGAGACUGCAGCUCCAUCCCCAACGUGCCCGGCUCCUGUAAAGAGACGUUUAACCUGUACUACUAUGAGUCAGACUCGGACACGGCUAACAAGGUGUCCCCACCAUGGAUGGAGAACCCCUGGAUCAAGGUGGACACCAUCGCGGCCGAUGAGAGCUUCUCCCAGGUCGACCUUGGCGGCCGGGUGAUGAAGAUCAACACAGAGGUGCGGAGCUUCGGCCCCGUGUCCAAACAUGGAUUCUACCUGGCCUUCCAGGACUACGGCGGCUGCAUGUCCCUCAUCGCCGUGCGUGUAUUCUACAGGAAGUGUCCCCGCGUCAUCCAGAAUGGAGCUGUGUUUCAGGAGACCCUGUCUGGGGCAGAGAGCACCUCUCUGGUGGCAGCACGGGGUGUGUGUAUCUCCAACGGGGAGGAGGUGGACGUGCCCAUCAAACUGUACUGCAACGGGGAUGGGGAGUGGAUGGUGCCCAUCGGGCGCUGCAUGUGCAAGGCUGGCCACGAGGCUGUGGAGAACGGGACUGUGUGUAGAGCUUGUCCAUCGGGCUUCUUCAAGCCUAUACAGGGUGAUGUAUCCUGCAUGCAGUGUCCAAUCAACAGCCGCACCACCAACGAAGGAGCCACUAACUGUGUGUGCCGCAACGGUUACUAUCGCACUGACUCAGAUCCCUUCCAGAUGCCCUGCACAACGGUGCCAUCGGCUCCUCAGAACGUUCUGUCUAUCGUGAAUGAGACGUCUCUUAUAUUGGAGUGGCAGCCUCCUAGGGAGUCAGGUGGCCGUGAGGACGUGGUCUUCAACAUCAUCUGUAAGAGCUGUGGAGGGGGCCGGGGAGGCUGCACGCGCUGUGGGGACAAUGUCCAGUUUGUACCCCGCCAGCUGGGUCUGACAGAGCCACGUGUUUACAUCAGUGACCUGCUGGCGCACACACAGUACACCUUCGAGGUGCAGGCCGUCAAUGGGGUCUCCGAGCAGAGCCCCUACUCACCACAGUACUCCUCCGUCAACAUCACAACCAACCAGGCUGCUCCGUCGACAGUGUCCAUCAUGCACCAGAUCAGUCGUACUGUGGACAGCAUCACUCUGUCCUGGUCUCAACCAGACCAGCCCAAUGGAGUCAUUCUGGACUAUGAACUGCAGUACUAUGAGAAGGACCAGACAGAGUACAACUCAACCAUCAUAAAGAGCCAGACCAACACAGUGGUCAUCCGCGGUCUCAAACCAGGCGCGAUCUAUGUGUUCCUGGUUCGCGCCAGGACUGUGGCCGGAUUUGGCCGCUACAGCGGCAAACUCUACUUCCAAACCAUGACUGAGGAGGAGUACAACACCAGCAUUCAGGAGAAACUGCCUCUUAUCAUCGGCUCUGCAGCUGCAGGUCUGGUCUUCCUCAUCGCAGUGGUUGUCAUUGUCAUCGUCUGCAACCGGCGUGGCUUUGACCGAGCAGACUCAGAGUACACAGACAAGCUGCAGCACUACACCAGCGGCCACAUGACUCCAGGAAUGAAGAUAUAUAUCGAUCCGUUUACAUAUGAGGACCCCAACGAGGCUGUGAGGGAGUUUGCUAAGGAGAUUGACAUCUCUUUUGUAAAGAUUGAGCAAGUCAUUGGCGCAGGAGAGUUCGGGGAGGUGUGCAGUGGGAACCUGAGGCUCCCAGGCAAGAGAGAGAUGUUUGUGGCCAUCAAGACGCUGAAGUCGGGCUACACAGAGAAACAGAGACGGGACUUCCUGUCUGAAGCGUCCAUCAUGGGUCAGUUUGACCACCCGAAUGUGAUCCACCUGGAGGGUGUGGUCACCAAGAGCGCCCCCGUCAUGAUCAUCACUGAGUUCAUGGAGAACGGAUCACUGGACUCCUUCCUCAGACAAAACGACGGUCAGUUCACGGUGAUCCAGCUGGUGGGCAUGCUGCGUGGCAUCGCCUCUGGCAUGAAGUACCUGGCCGACAUGAACUACGUCCACCGCGACCUAGCCGCACGCAACAUCCUGGUCAACAGCAACUUGGUCUGCAAGGUGUCUGACUUCGGCCUGUCCCGUUUUCUGGAGGACGACACGUCAGACCCCACCUACACCAGCGCCCUGGGAGGGAAGAUCCCUAUCCGAUGGACAGCCCCUGAAGCAAUCCAAUACAGGAAGUUCACAUCCGCCAGUGAUGUCUGGAGCUAUGGCAUCGUCAUGUGGGAAGUCAUGUCCUAUGGAGAGAGACCUUACUGGGACAUGACCAAUCAAGACGUGAUCAAUGCCAUAGAGCAGGACUACCGGCUGCCCCCUCCCAUGGACUGCCCGAGUGCCCUGCACCAGCUCAUGCUGGACUGCUGGCAGAAGGACCGUAACAACCGGCCGAAGUUCAGCCAGAUUGUCAACAACCUGGACAAGAUGAUCCGCAACCCCAACAGUCUGAAGGCCAUGACCCCUCUGUCAUCAGGUGUCCAUCUUCCCCUCCUGGACCGCAGUGUUCCAGACUUCUCCAGCUUCAGCACAGUGGACGAGUGGCUGGAUGCCAUCAAGAUGGGCCAGUACAAAGACAACUUUGCCAACGCUGACUUCACCAGCUUUGAUGUGGUUUCCCAGAUGACUAUGGAUGACAUCCUGAGUGUGGGUGUAACGUUAGCAGGCCACCAGAAGAAGAUCCUGAACAGUGUGCAGAUGAUGCGUGCCUCCAUGAACCAGAUCCAGUCUGUGGAAGUUUGACCAUCCAGAGUGGAGCGGAGGAGAGCAGAGCAGAGGAGAGGGGAUUGGGAUGCAGGACCCUGGGUGCACGGAUGGAGUGGAUAUGUUUUUGCUUGACCGUGAACCUGCGUUUCCUACCAGACUACCGUCCAUCCCUGGUCCCCCCUUCCAAUCCCUCUCCUGUCCUCCUCUAUGCCCUCAUCCAAAGUCCCUUCAACCUUCGGGAUCAGCUUUGGAAGGUUGUGGCCAGCAAGUCUAAAUGACCAGACGUCAAUCAACGUGGCUCACAACCGUCCUUCUUGGAACCAGGAUCAUGAGAGGUUACUGACCAGAGACACAUUUCUACUAGCAUCUUCCACCCAUGUUUUUUUAUUUUAUUUACGUUGAACUUUUACGUUUGUUUUAAGAAUUUUGUAAAGAAUUUUGUAAAGGAAAAAAAGUUAAGAACUCUAGGAGUCUAUAGAUGGUAUACAAUUGUAAGCUAGGUGAAAUGACUAGAAAGGCUACCCUUUAAAAAGGGCCACAGACAAGAAGACAAUGAAAACUGGGUGAUUUAAGACCAACACUCUCAAAAUUAAUCGGAUAUAUUCUUUGUAAACUAGGUGAACUGACUUCAGAAACAGAAAUGCAACAUAAAAAUUUGCUGUCUCCCUGAAGGCAAACAGCAGAAGAGACUGAGGAACUUGAUCUAUUCCCCUGUCUUUGAUUUGGGACGUAAUAUAAGUGUGAGCACCAUGAAAUGGACCUGGCAGAAACUACUGACAUGAACAAAUUAAAGACAUUCAGUUAUCUACCAAUUCAAAAGUAAAGAAAUGUAAAGAAAAAUACAUUUUCUCAUAUCAAGUCAUUUCCUUUUCUGUGUGAAAAUUGUGAUGAAGAUUCUCUCUCACCAUGCUUCCUCUCACCAUGGGAAAAUUUAUAUUUUUUCAAUAUUAACAUAACCUGCCAAAUGGAACAUCGUCCCUGUGUACCUCAGAUGAUGUCAUGACGAUGUCAUGAUGACGUCAAGAUCCUGUACACAUCAGAUGCACAUGACAUUGGGACUGUGAUGUGAUCACUAUGAGCCGGACAUAGUUACUAAUACUUGGAAGUGAUGGAUUUACAUUUUUCUUAGGGUGACUAUAGGGAGGUUUUUAUCUGUUGUUAUUAUUAUUUGAUUUUUUGGGGCAAAAUGUUAGUUGUGGACUUUGAAGAAUCAGUGUAAUAAGCAGCAAACAUACAGUAAUUCCUCCAUGGAUGUAUAGUGUUUACGUAGAAGGAGUGCAAGGAGUGCACAUAUGUUUUGGUCCUCACAUUGUCUUGAGGUUUCCCUGUGUUUUCAGCUUCACCGUGUGUUUGUUUGUGUGUGUCUGCGUGCGUGCCUGGUGCAUGGGUGUAUAUGUGUGUUUGUGUCUGCGUGCGUGUCUGGUGCAUGGGUGUAUAUGUGUGUUUGUGUCUGCGUGCGUGUCUGGUGCAUGGGUGUAUAUGUGUGUGUGUGACUGCGUGCGUGUCUGGUGCAUGGGUGUAUAUGUGUGUGUGUGUCUGCGUGCAUGUCUGGUGCAUGGGUGUAUAUGUGUGUGUGUGUCUGCGUGCGUGUCUGGUGCAUGGGUGUAUAUGUGUGUGUGUGUCUGCGUGCGUGUCUGGUGCAUGGGUGUAUAUGUGUGUUUGUGUCUGCGUGCGUGUCUGGUGCAUGGGUGUAUAUGUGUGUGUGUGUAUGCGUGCGUGCCUGGUGCAUGGGUGUAUAUGUGUGUGUGUGUAUGCGUGCGUGUCUGGUACAUGGGUGUAUAUGUGUGUGUGUGUCUGAGUGUGCGUGUCUUGUGCAUGGGUGUAUAUGUGUAUGUGUGUAUGCGUGCAUGUUGCUAAAUGUGCUUGGUGGUACAAAGCAACGGCUCCCAAAGCUGAGGGGGUAGUGUUUGAUAGCAUGCUGAGUUAAUGAUUGAUUUCACAGAGCUUUGAUUUGUUACACUUUACAAAAUAUAAUGCGCUUACAUUAUAUUUAGCUUUUUUCUUCCAAAUUGUUUUCCUUUUAAAAUAAUUUUACAUUGAAGUGUUCGGGUUUUAACACCCUAACAUUGGUACGGUCACGGACAAAUCUUUUCACAACAGGGCAGUAACAUUAGCAAGGGAUAGUGGAUUAUUUUACGCAUAUUUGUAUUAUUAUUAUUGUACAUCGUGGAUGAUUGACAGCUUUUCCAAGUAGUCUCUUGGCAGGGUAUGUGAACGCAGAUCAUACUGGACAAUGGAGGACUAUCUGGAUCUUCCAUGCUCUUUUGGAAUUUUAGGAAAUCAUUAUUAUGUUGGUGCUCACAAAUUGUAGAUAACUGGAGUCCUUGAGACAUCUACUUUCAUUUUAUAGAUACGUAUUGCAUUUACUGUAUGGCUUCUGUGAAAAACUGCCUGGUGAACGGAGAGCUGUCUAUCAUUGGCUUUGUUGUUGUGGCCGAUGUGUUGUUUGAGGGGUUAGGGAGCCUGAUUGGUCUGUGCCAGUUAAAACCCAUGGAUUCCCCAGAGAUGGUAAAACACGGAGUUUACUGCAGAGCUCCUAAUGGGCAGAUCCACUGAGACAGGCUCAGUACUCAAUACAGACUGAGGAGCCAGACAUGGAGCUCCAGCUGGUCAGACAUGUCCAUUCCUAGUGGGAGUCCACUGCCUGAUCACAGCCCCACUGGCCAGACAGUGGUUCCCUCCAUCUCUCCUCAGAGCUAAACACAUGCCUCAGAUCUACAACUCUUCUCCUCCCACUGUUCUCUGUGCUCUGCUUUUUCAGAUCCAUUGCUUUGUGACUCUGCAUGUUGUCAUGUUGACAGACCAGACUGAAUUUAUGUAGAUAACACACAACCUGUGGGCCCCGUACUGGUUUCACAGCAGGUGGCUAUGUAAGCAGAGGUUCUUCCACAAAAGGUCAUUCUUCCAUAUACAUCAUCAGAUGUCCGCUGUACGUUUUAAGGCACUUUGCUGUCUGAGCAGAACAGUAGAGGUGUCUUAUGUAGGCCUUAGCAUUAGACCCCUAUACACAGGAUGUGUGAAAUCCUGCCUUUGCUCUCGUCUGUCAGUUAGUCCCCAUGUCAUUCCACCCACUAACCCACAUAGCCGUCCAGAGUCUUAAUAAACGUGGGCAGGAGCAUUGAGGUUUUGAUCCAGCUUCUGUAAUAUCAUCCUCCCUUUAGUUUUCCGUCAACAUUUCUGUGCGUCACCAUGCAUAUUCCAGUGCAGACUCCAUGACAGAUGAAACAGCAGGAAGUGCAUCACUCUAUUAGUCACUGCCCAGAUUAAAAGGGGCAGCGAUUCUGUGACCCAACUGUCACUGAUGCGACCGUGCAAUUUCCUUUCAAAAAGAGCUCGCAAAGUACUUUCUUCCUUUCCAUUGCACAACCCUUUAAUAUUUAAGGGCACCUCAGUGAUAUUCAGUUAAGCCCAGGCAGCCAGUCUUCCCAAGAUAUAGACAGAUAUCCCACUGUCAGAACAAGCAGUGGCAAUUUAUGUUCAAGAAAUCAGGCCCUGCAGCACAGCACUAGUAUUUGUGCUGAAGACGGUGAUAGUCAUAGGAAGGUGAUUAAGGUGAUUAUCAAGUGAUUAAAAGAGCGACGUGUAAACAAAGUGUGCUUCCACAUGUGACGUUCAAUCAAAAUACAUUACUAGGACAUGAGGAUGAGAUGAACUAAGACAUUCAGUAAUGGUGGACUCGUAUUUAGAGUGAUAGGAACAUAAAUAUAGGUAGUAAUAAAGUGGUUUUCUUUUUCUUUGCAUUCCUCUUGGAAGCGUAGGUUUGGUGUGGUACUUCUGUUCACAUCAGCUCGAUUCUUAAGGAGUUGAGUUAACAAAUGUUUAUUGGUUGCACAGUGUGGGGCCACGGUGACUGCUGAAAGCGCUGUGUAACGUAUGUAUUUAUUCUGCCUCGGAACCUAAUGGCACAAAGAAACCCUGUUUAUAUACCGAUAGUUCAUCCAGAGCUAUCCUUUGCUAUUGGCCACAGAAAAAGCUGUCAUCCCUCUUUCUUUUAUUUUUAAGACAUUGAUAGCCUCCUUUUAAGAACAGUACAGCUCAGUGGUACUGGUUUCAUAGCCCCGCCCUUCUGAUAAAACCCCUUGGCACAGUGGCCCUAUUGGCCUGUUGUAAUGGACCUAUUGUAAGUGAUUGAUCAAUCUGGUGCGAUUAUGAUGGGUUUAGUUCGGAGAAGAUUAUUCCCACAUUGUAACGUUUUUUAGACUUUGCUGUGUGAAUCCAUGAUGGUCAUUAUCUCACUGGAUAGUUCUCUCUGGUGUACAAUGCAAGUGUUUAAUGCACCACCCUAUGUACAGUAAAUGGGUUAAAUUAUACAUAGAUUGCAUCAAGGACAUUUUUGCAUUGGUGAGAGUUUGCAGCUCGUUGAAGACGAGUAUACGCUACAAUAGAAUAAAAACCACACAUCACUUUUUGUUGAAUGAUAGUGUAUUUUUUUCUCCCCCAAGUCCACUGAAAUAACAGACAUUUUAAUGACAGUAAAUGUACACUUCUUCAAAGCACUUAUCGGUGUUUCUAUGUUUACAUUUUUCACGAGGAAGAAAAUGUCUCAAACAUCUGCACCGUUAAAAAUAAAAAAAAUAAAAAUACUAAAUAUAACAUUUGGCUACCAUCGUUGCAUAUUAUUUAACAGUGCAGAGUAUAUACUUUGUUCUCCCCUUUUUCAAUGUCCAGGCUCAUGAGACAGAUGGAUGAAUGAUGUCUAAAGUCCAUAAUAAUGAUAUAAAAGCAUUGAGACCAGAAUGCAUCUGUUUGUUACAGUAAUGGUCUUUGUUUGGAAUCUCAGAUAACUUGCUGGUAUCACAGAACUCUGUCCUCUACUGUGUUGUACAUCUAAAACUCUCAUCUUUGUUUCAAUGGCUUGUAUCUGCAGAUACUGUUGAUGUUUUACUGUCAAUGUCAUGAUAAGUAAUACAUAACAAUCCCCCCUCUUUUAUUUAUGAAUCAAAACAAAACCAAUGUAUCUGAGAUGUUGAUUCAAUGCACUGUGGACGCAAAGAACAAUUUCCAUUCGGUGUUCCAAUUUUUUAAGGACGGACGGAAACCGUUAUGUCUCAGUGUUAGAAUGACAUGACAGUGUGCAUAAACACAAGCUGUGCCUGCUCAUACUCGUUGGUCUGUGUUUGUGGACCAUCCAAAUAUGUCUCGAGCAGCGGUCUGCCUGUCUGUCUUUGUGACAGUCAGUUCAGAGUGUAUAGAAAAUGGCUCCUGUGGAUAUAUCUCUUUUAUGUAAAGCGUUAGAGCGCCCUCUGCUGACACAGUGGCUAAUAGCAGUCUAGUUGGGACAAAUGUCCUUAUGUUCCUUGCGUUGUCUUAUCCCCCCACUUCCCCCUUCCACCCCUAUCUCCCCACCUCUCUGGCUGUUGGUGAAGACAGGCUGAUGAUGGCCCUGUCUCCCCUGGCCUGUUGUAGCCCUCGUAGACCAGUGCCGGCCCUGACCACUGUGACUGAUGUGGGAGGUCCUGUAUUUCUGUAUAAAUGUACAUUGACUGUAAUCCUGUGAAUGAUGUAACAAUUUCAUUAUUUGUAAUAUUGUUAUUGGUUUUAUUUUCUAAAAUGGAAAGCCCAACUCGACUCUCCUCAAUAAAAAAAUGAGAUCUGUUAUACCACUCUA